AGGAAAAGCCGCCUUCCUGGGGCAGGAGCAGAGCGAGGACGAGGCAUGGAGCAUGAAGCAAAGAAAGGCAAGAAGGGCUUCGUGUCACCCAUCAAGAGGCUGGUCUUCCCAAAGGCAGCCCGAAGGCAGGCCCUCAAGAGCAGCCUCUGCCGCCGCCCCCUGCACUCUGUCCCACUCUACCCUCCCGACUAUCUCAUCGACCCUCAGAUCCUCCUGCACGACUACGUGGAAAAGGAAGUGAAGUUUUUAGGUCACCUGACUUGGGUAACGACUUCCUUGAACCCCUCCAGCCGUGACGAGCUGCUGCAGCUACUGGACACUGCAAGGCAAUUGAAGGAGCUUCCUCUGAAGACAACCCCAGAGCAGGAUAGCAUAUUGAGCCUUUCAGCCCGCUGCCUGCUUCUUACCUGGAGGGACAACGAGGAGCUGAUCCUGAGGAUCCCCACCCAUGAAAUUGCAGCUGCUUCCUACCUGCGGGACGAUGCCCUGCACCUCCUGGUGCUCAAAACAGGCUUGGGAGUGGACCCAGUUCCUGCAGGAGGUAGCUUGGAUGUUUACCCUGGAAGCCCCCAGGAGAAGAAAUUCCCCGGAGGGCCAGCUGAGAAGAGACCAGCAGAGCGCCGGCAGCUGGGGGGCACGAUGGAGCGACGCCACACCAUCUGCAGCCUGGACUGGAAGAUGGCCCGGGGCGGGCCGGAUGGCAGGCCCAGCGGAGGGGGGAGCCUGGAGCGGAAGCAGGGCACGGGCAGCUGGGAGAAGAGGCAGGGUCCCGCAGAUGGCAGGCCUUUCGGGAGCUGGGAGCGCCGGCAGACCUACAGCGGGAGCUGGGAGCGCCGCCCCACGGGCAAAGCUGGGGGCAGCUGGGAGAGGAGGCGGCAGGCCUACAGCGGGAGCUGGGAGAGGGGCAAGACCUGGGGCAGCUGGGAGCGCCGGUGGCACACCGGGAACAACCCCCUGGACCCCAAGGAGCCCAGCCCUGAAGCCUACUGCAAUCUCAUCAUCCUGGCUGUGGCUAACAGGGACAUGGCAGAGGAAUCUUGUGCUCUCAUCUGCCAGGUUUUCCAGAUCAUCUACGGGGACCAAACCAUUGAGUGUGUGGACCGGGCUGGCUAUCACUACACAUCCACCAUGAAGCGUCCUUGGCUUUCUAGCCGGAGUGAGAGCUGUCGGACGGAUGGGACGUACGGCUAUGAUGCUGAUUUCAGCUGCUGUAGCUCUUUCGAUGGUUCCCAUGACACCUUUGAGGCCUGUUGCAGUGACACUUCGUCCCCCUCCUUCCAUCAGUCCCAUCACAGCCUGGCCACAGCCUGCAGUGGCAGCGACCAGAGCAAUGCCGGCCUGGAGCAGCUGCAGGAUUACAUGAUCACACUCAGGAACAAACUGACCCCGCAGGAGAUACAACAGUUUGCCUUCUUGCUGAGAGAGUACCGGAUGGGUCUGGCGGUGGAGGGAUACUGUGAUGGCCUCCUCCAGCUCUACGGAGAAAAGCGGAAGUUCCUUCUGCUGGGGAUGCGCCCCUUCAUUCCCGACCAGGACAUCGGCUACUUCGAGGGCUUCCUGGAGAACAUCGGCAUCCGCGAAGGGGGGAUCUUGACUGACAGCUUCGGGCGCAUCAAGAAGAGCAUGAGCAACACCUCGGCCUCCGCCGUGCGCAGCUACGACAGCUGGUCCUUGCGCUCGGAGUCGGAGUCCUUCAACCGCAUGAUCACGGACAUCACCCACGACAUCGAAGCCCUGGCGAGGGAUGAGGACGAAGAGGAGGAAGACGGCGAUGACAGCAAUGGCAGCGGUGACAAUGAUAAUGAAGACAACUACCUGUGAGAAGGGGGGACCACCUAGGCCUGAAUGGUGGAGGAGAGCCAGGAACACUGAAAGCUCUUUAAUAUGAAGUCAGACAAUUGGUCCACCUGGCUCAAUAUGGUCUAUACCGACUGGCAGCAGCUCUUUAGGAUUUCAGAUGGGGGGGGGUCUCUCCCCACCCUACCUGGAGAUGCUGGGGGUUGAAUUUGGGUCUUUCUGCAAUUAAAGCAGAUGCUCUACGAUGGGGCUGCAGCCCUUUGCAUUUAUUUUUAGUGGAGGGGCAGCUAAUCCUUAUUUGAGCCUUCUAUUCAGCAAAUAUCUGGAUCCUGCAGACCCUCCAAUUGCCCCUAUUUGCCAGGGACAGUCCCAGAUUUACAGAAGCCAUCCCAGUUUCUGAUUUGAGCACAGAAUGUCCUGCUUAUCCUUUGUUGUUGUUGUUGUUGAGUCGUUUAGUCGUGUCCGAGUCUUCGUCACCCCAUGGACCAUAGCACGCCAGGCACUCCUGUCUUGCACUGCCUCCCGCAUUUUGGUCAAACUCAUGUUCGUAGCUUCGAGAACACUGUCCAACCAUCUCGUCCUCUGACGUCCCCUUCUCCUUGUGCCCUCAAUCUUUCCCAACAUCAGGGUCUUUUCCAAGGAUUCUUCUCUUCUCAUGAGGUGGCCAAAGUAUUGGAGCCUCAGCUUCACGAUCUGUCCUUCCAGGGAGCACUCAGGGCUGAUUUCCUUAAGAAUGGAUAGGUUUGAUCUUCUUGCAGUCCAUGGGACUCUCAAGAGUCUCCUCCAGCACCAUAAUUCAAAAGCAUCAAUUCUUCGGCGAUCAGCCUUCUUUAUGGUCCAGCUCUCACUUCCAUACAUCACUACUGGGAAAACCAGUAUCCUUGGGGUGUCCCUAUUUUCAUCAGAGAAAUGUAGAAUAAGUACAGAACCAAGGAGAUAACUAUACAGCCUUUAGAAGACAUUUGAAGGCAGCCCUGUAUAGGGAAGUUUUUUAAUGUUUGAUUAUGUUUUUAUAUAUGUUGGAAGCCUCACAGAGUGGCUGGGGCAGCCCAGUUUGAUGGACACGGUAUAAUUGUUGUUGUUGUUAUUGAAUAAGACAUCCCUAUUUUCAUCGGAGAAAUGUUGGAGGGCAUGGAUCCUGGCGAGCAAAGGUGAGAGACACCUUUCUAUCCCCAGUUGUGAAACUGAUCUGCAUUGAAACAUCCAUGUUCAGAGACAGUCUACCAUUCAAUAUCAUAUGCUGAAUGGUGGGGUUGGGAGAAGCCUGUGGAGCUCAUGUCCUGCCUUUGUAUAUCCCAGAAAGAUCCGGCUGCGCAAUGUGAGAAGCAGGAUGCUGGACCAGAUGGACUUCUGGCCCGAUCCACCAGGAAUCAUAGAAUUGUAGAAUUGUAGAGUUGGAAGAGAUUCCCAAGGUUCAUCUAGUCCAACCCCCUGCAAUGCAGGAAUUCUGCCUAUGUUUUUGCACCUGUCCCACCUAUGGCUUGCUCUCUGCAGCUCAAGUUCGUCCUGCUGGUCUGCUAGGUUCAGGAGAGUCCCCCUCGGAUGGACUUCCAAUGUCUUCUCCUCUUGGCUUCUGCCUUGUGAAGUUGGUCAAGUGCCAAGCAAUUUUCAAUAGAGCAAGGCUGCCCUCUGCUGGUCGCUUGGAGAACCCUAUGCAGUGGGCUUAUAAAGUGAUACCAAGACAGGUAUCACAUUGCACCCUCAUGUGCAAGUUCUGUUUCCAGACUCAAGCUUUUACAAUUUGUGCAAUGGCAGGGUUUUUCUUUUGUUUUUGAAAUGAGGUUAGAAUUUCUUUUAGGAAUUGCAAUAUUUAUUUGUUUUCAUACUAACAGAAGCUUUCCUGGACUGGUUUUCAGCCCUAUGCAAUGGCCCUCUCACAACAAAAUCAUUAAAAGCUUAGGCAGAGCCCAACAUUUCUGCAAGUGGACCUCCACUCAUACAAUGGGACUUCAUCCAUCCUAUCCUUCCCCAUUGCCCUACCUCUAACGCAGAGAGGGGAAACUGGGGUCCCUGAAACGUUGCUACACUCCAUAUCCCAUCGUCCCUGCCCACUGGGCCAUUCUGGCAGGGGCAGAUGGGAGAUGGAGUCCAACAACAUCUGGAAGCCCCUGGGCUCACCAUUCCUGAGGUCUCUGCAAUGGCUGCUUUGCAGCUCUGCGGACAGUCCUUGGUUGAGCGAGAGAGUCCUCUAAGCCAGCGUUCUUCGAUCUUGGAUCUCCUGCCGUUGUUGGACUAUAUCUCCCAUCAUCCCAAACAGGGGCGUAGCCAGGAUCAA